AUGAGCGCGAGGACGUUAACGAAUGUCGUGAACGAUCAAACGGUCGCGCUGAACGCACUGAUUUACGGAUAUGCGGGGCACAGCUUGGUCACCCCGCAGCACGCUCUCCAGCAAAUAUGGUGGACCGAGGAGCGAAUCAACGAGAAGGUCAAUCAUGAAUAUGUGACUUCGAGGCUGCAGCCAAAAGAAAGAGAGCGUCUCACUCAGCCUGUAGGCUUCGGCGAUCUGAGCGACGAUACCUACAUCGAAUGGAUACUGGAGAAGGCACGACGACUAUUCCUGGUAUUGGUAGAAAUUGGCGAAGCAGACAGAAUCUUUGCCGUCGUCGACAAAUCAUGGGACGACGAUGAUCUACCUCUAGAAAUGGACGACAUCGAACAGCUUUCCCUCUCGAAUCGCCGCGACAAUCAUGCCAAUGCUCGCUUCUAUCACACCCAGUUCACAUUCUUGCUACGAGAACUACGAGAGGGCAUACAUGUAGAUUAUGCCCAUAAUGAGGAGAUCCCAAUCGAGAACGUCAUGUCCCUACCCGUGGCGGUAAGCUUGCAGGCUUGGUCGCGUAUGCACCUACCGAAAAAGCCCAAGGAGAUCUUCGUUCGUAGGAGAUUUCCGCUAGGUGAUGCAGAAACACCAAAUGCAUUUGAAGAGGACUUUAUGAUGGACGUCGAGAGUGCUAGAAUGGUGGAGCAUGAGCACUUUGCGCCGGUCUGGGCCUCGUACACCGCCAAAGGAGCUGGCUAUAUCGUCACCAACUUCGUGGGCCAGCACACCCUUCGCAGUUUCAUCGACCACCGUAACCCCACCCAGUAUCAGAAACUACCGAAGCCCGAUCGGAGAUGGCUGGUGCUUAAUUGGUUGCAUUGUCUGGCAGAUGCCAUUGCAACACUACAUCAAAAUGGAUUUUGCCAUUCCGCUAUUCGACCUUCCAACAUGCUUAUCGAUGAGCAAAAUGCGAUAGCCUUUAGCGACAUUGGUAGUCUAGAGACAUUCCAAAAGGACAAGAAACCCGAUGCUAUGGAUGCCUACAUAUACAGCGCACCAGAGGCAAACAAUAGUGUAGAGCCAUUCGACCCGCAUGGUCCUGCACCGUCACCUAUCGUUCCAAGUACUCGACAUGCCUCAAUAAUGAGCAAAAGCUCGUCAGGAUCAUCGAAUAGCAGUGGCUCACAACGUCAGAAGCUCACCAAGGCACCCACGACGGAUUUCUCCGGUUUCAACUUCGGGUUUAAAAAGUCAAAGCAGAAGCCAGUGCCGAAGAAGCGAUCGCGAGUACACGAAUCCGAGAAGGCAGAUGUGUUUUCUCUAGGUUGCGUAUUCUUGGAGAUCAUUACUUUCAUGCUAAAGAAGAAACCACAUGAUUUCGUAAAGCACCGGACAUCGAAGCAAAGGACCAAUACUGGCGGCAAGAACUCGAGGACAGAUUCAUCGUAUCAUGUCAAUCUUGACAAAGUCGAGAUCUGGAUGAAUCUGCUAGAAAAGGCCUCCUUUGAGCAUGAUGAUGACGCAUUUCGUGCAGUUCCUCAUAUCUUGCAGGUUGUCCGAAGUAUGCUUGACAGAGCGCCCAUGGUACGCCCUGCAGCGCGUGAUGUUCGCGACAAGAUCUUCGAUGUCCUCUUCAACUACACUUCCAUACCUGAUAUCCACUGUGGCGCCCACAAGCAUGAUGCCGGCGUUGCAGCGUCUUCGUACUCCGGCUCGGACAGGGCAUCGCUAAUGACGAUGUCAACGAUGAGUUCAAUGAGUUCAAGCACCUCAGAUACGGAUACGAUACGAUCAGGCACGACGCGGGUGAGCUCGAUACUAAACUCGUAUUCUGAUCGAACCACCUUACAUGGAAUUGAGGAAGACGACAGCUCUUCGAUAAAAACACUAGAGCCAAUAAUCACAUCAGGUCAUGUUGGUAAAUCUUAUGAGUCACCGAGGGAAGCGCCCAUGCCGCCAGGCUCUCCCAUCUCGCUGGUAUCGCCACGAUCCCCUACAUCGCCACCUUUUGCGCGCCCUUCUAGCCCCCUAAGACCGACUUCGUCAAAGGCAAAGUCAUGGUCUAAGCCAUUUAUGCUAUUGCCAUGA